AUGUCACGACAACCUUUCCACUUGUUGGAAGACGGGGAUCAACCACCACCAUAUUCCACGGUGCCCGUUUUCCCAGGACCUUCUUAUUUCUGUGAUACUGCUCAGAGCCGAGAACAUGUGCCACAGGGCUCGUCCCUCUUCUCCACACAGCUGUCUGCUCUCCGGAGCCAAAUGCUAGACGAACAAGCCGCUCUGUCAUGCGUCCGCAAUAAGCAAGACAUCGAGAUUAUGUCCCUAUUAGUUCCGCACGUCGAGGCUCUCAUCGAGUCCGUAGCAUCGCACGAUCCGCCGCCGACGCUGGUUGAGGCAACGUUUGUGCCGGACGAGGCCAUCGGCAAGGAAUGGACCCUAAGCGAUAGCGAACAGAGACGCAGUGGCGAAGUGAGGACGCUGAUACGCGUUGGAAGGCAAUGCAAGGCAGGCGGAGUUGAGAAGCAGCAGCAAUACUCCUCCCCUGGAGAAUCAGAAGCAAGCGCUCCCAAAGAAUUUGAUGGAUGGGGCCGUUGGUCCGACGACGGCGAGCACGGCAAAUUCGGCGCCCAAGACUGUCUGUGGUGGUCAGACGAAGACAUGGCGCGGCGACUAGCCAGGCAUCUCCAACCAGCUCGUGCAACCUGGCCUGUUGAUUGUCGAACAAUUCGGGCUCAAGUCGAACAGAGCGAGACGGCCAAGACCAUCGGCCGGUGGUCCAUGUUCAACGAGCGAAGACCGGCAAAGACGGCACCGACAGCUUCGUCAUCUUCGACACCACACCAGACGUCUUUGGAAGACGUCCGCAUGACGGUGAAUGCGGAAGAAGCGACGUUUCGAAAACAGAGCGUCGUGGGUCUCUGGGAAAGUCGGACGGGUUGA